AUGUCUCUCAAGAACGACAACUUCCCCUCCUCCGCCGCCUUCGACGCCAUCAACGCCGCUCUUACCGCGAGCGACGCCGAUCGCAAGGACGCCAUCAAGCAGGGCGGCGCCGUCUUCGCCUUCACCCUCAAGAACAAGGCUGGCGAGGAGGAGAGCUGGUACAUUGACCUCAAGGAGAAGGGUGAGGUGUUCAAGGGUGUUCCGGCCAAGCCGACAGUCACCCUCAUCCUUUCCGACGACAACUUUGGCAAGCUCGUCACCGGCAAGGCCAACGCCCAGAGGCUCUUCAUGGGCGGUCAGCUCAAGAUCAAGGGCGACGUCAUGAAGGCGACGAGGAUGGAGCCCAUUCUCAAGAAGGCCCAGUCCAAGGCCAAGCUCUAA